AUGUGCGGUCUAACCAGCUACGGGACCCUGCGGGAAGAUAUUGCGAACCAAGUCAUUGGGCAACAUAUUCCGCAGGCAUUGGAAUAUCCCUGCCGCUACUGGAUGUACCAUUUAAAGAAGGUUAGGACCGAAGAAUGGGGGAAAGACGUAUCCUCUUUCCUAAAGAAGCAUUUCAUUCAUUGGCUAGAGGCAAUAGACUUGAUGGAACUUGCAUCAGAGGCUGUUGGUAUUAUCAGUACUCUUCAGUCAAAGGCCGUGGACGGUUACCGAUUUGUUCUUCCAGACGAUCAACAUAGCUCCGCUUCAAGUCUAUUGCUCUGGACUCGUGUUCUCCCCAACAGACAGUAUUAUUAG